UGUGGCUGUCAGUAGCACUCAGGGAAGCUUCAUUAGUCGUCAGAAGGAGGCAAGGCUGUGACUCAUGCCUGAGUGAAGAGACCAAUGGGCAGCCGGAGCCUGAGAUAUAAAUAACGAAUAAAAAAUAUUCUUGAGGGAGAAAGGGUCACUUGCGCGCCGCUGGAUGGGAUUGUAUUAGUUCGCUCUGUUGAUAUUCAGCCAUCGCCGCCACUGGACUGUUCCUUGUCGCGCCUUUGAGUGGCAAUUGUAACAUCUAGAUAUAGUUUGGACACGACAACCUGUGCGCCCGUGAGCCGUUGAAUUAUUCUGGAGAUCAGUUAACAGAGGACUGAUGGCCACGUCUGAACCGAGAACCACCGACGGCGACCAGGACCCCAACUCCGGCAAUUUAAGACCUCCAUCCACAACCUACGAAUAUGCGUGGAUGCACGGAUGCACACGGAAGCUGGGGAUGAAGAUUUGUGGGUUCCUGCAGAAGAACAACAGUCUCGACGAGAAGGGGAGGCUCGCGGGCCAGAAGAACCUACUAUCGUGCGACAACAGUGACAGGGACGCGCGCUACCGCCUCACCGAGACCGACUUCUCCAACCUGUUCGCCAGAGACCUGCUGCCAGCCAAAAAUGGAGAGGAGCCUACCAUACAGUUUUUGUUGGAGAUGGUCGACAUCCUCACCAACUACGUCAAGAAGACUUUCGACCGCUCCACCAAGGUGCUGGACUUCCACCACCCUCACCAGCUCCUUGAGGGCAUGGAGGGCUUCAACCUGGAGCUGUCCGACCAGCCUGAAUCCCUGGAGCAGAUCCUGGUGGACUGCAGGGACACGCUGAAAUAUGGCGUCCGGACAGGUCACCCGCGAUUCUUCAACCAGUUGUCUUCUGGCCUGGACAUCAUCGGCUUGGCUGGAGAGUGGCUCACCUCCACUGCUAACACCAACAUGUUCACCUAUGAGAUUGCUCCAGUGUUUGUGUUGAUGGAGCAGCUGACUCUGAAGAAAAUGAGAGAGAUGAUUGGUUGGCCCAAUGGAGAGGGAGACGGAAUUUUUUCACCGGGGGGCGCUAUUUCCAACAUGUACAGCGUGAUGAUCGCACGUUACAAGUACUUCCCCGAGGUCAAGACCAAGGGCAUGUCUGCUGCUCCACGUCUUGUCCUCUUCACAUCUGAACACAGCCACUACUCCAUAAAGAAGGCUGGAGCUGCUCUUGGCUUUGGUACUGAGAAUGUGAUCCUGCUGAGCACAGAUGAGAGGGGGAGAGUCAUUCCUGCAGAUCUGGAGGCCAAGAUUAUUGAUGCUAAACAGAAGGGUUAUGUGCCAUUGUUUGUGAAUGCCACGGCUGGGUCGACUGUCUACGGUGCAUUUGAUCCCAUCAAUGAGAUUGCUGACAUCUGCGAGAAGUACAACUUGUGGCUCCAUGUUGAUGGAGCGUGGGGUGGUGGACUACUGAUGUCCAGGAAGCAUCGCCAUAAGCUUAAUGGAGUUGAGAGGGCCAACUCUGUCACAUGGAACCCUCACAAGAUGAUGGGUGUGCCUCUGCAGUGCUCUGCAAUCCUGGUCAGAGAGAAGGGAAUCCUGGCAGGCUGCAAUUCCAUGUGUGCUGGCUACCUGUUCCAACCAGACAAACAGUACGACGUCACCUACGACACAGGGGACAAAGCAAUCCAGUGUGGCCGACACGUCGACAUCUUUAAGUUCUGGCUCAUGUGGAAGGCCAAGGGUACCAUAGGGUUUGAGCAGCACAUUGACAAGUGUUUGGAACUGUCUCAGUACCUGUACAACAAGAUCAAGAACAGGGAGGGAUAUGAGAUGGUGUUUGAUGGAGUGCCCCAGCACACCAAUGUUUGCUUCUGGUAUAUUCCACCCAGCAUGAGAGGCAUGCCUGAUGGUGAUGAGCGGCGAGAAAAACUCCACAGGGUGGCGCCAAAGAUCAAGGCCAUGAUGAUGGAGUCAGGGACAACCAUGGUGGGCUACCAGCCUCAAGGGAAUAAAGUCAACUUCUUCCGUAUGGUCGUCUCCAACCCUGCGGUCACCCAGUCUGACAUCGACUUCCUCAUUGAUGAGAUUGAGAGGAUGGCUCAAGACCUGUAGACCUCUCAGCCAUCACUGCCUCAGUGUAUUUCCAAGACAAAUGCUACGAGGUGAAACAUUCACAGUGCUGCAGACUGAAUAGUGAUAGGACGUGUUUUAGGUUCUUUCUAUCCGGUCUAUCUUAGCCUGAAGCAUUUUGACUGUUUCUCUAACGGAAGAGAAACUCAUAAUGAGAGACUUUCUUACUUGCUCGUCCCACAUAGUUCCUCCUCUAGACAAAAUAUGUAAGUACUAAGUAUCUGAAGGCUCCAGGUACAACAAACAUCUGCUAAACUAAUGUAUGUGUGUGCUGUGGAAUCUUGUAAUGUGUGUGCGUGUAAGCUAGUUUCUCAUCCAAUGUAGUUUGUCUUUUAAUGUCUGUGUGCGUGUGUGUGUGUGUGUGUGUGUGCGCGCGUGUGUCUGUGUGUGGUCAACCACAGAAAGGGAGAAAAGCACAGAUCAAAAUAUAACAAACUAUCAUAACAUUAUUUUGCUGUAUCAUACAUUUGCUACACAAAAUUGAAUCAUUGGUGCUUUCAGCUGUACAUUAUAUUUAAUCUCAGUGCACUGACCUAUUUGUCCUAAACCGAUGUCCAAGCCCUUGCAGCAGUGUGUGUGCAGGUGUGCAUGUGGCACAAUGAGUGUAUCCUGUCAUGUAUUUUAGGCUAGCACUAUGUUAAAAAUAAGCUUAUUAUUACCUUAUGUGCACACCGUAGGUACCAAGUGUGUUAAGCUGAGGGGUGUUAGAUAACCCUUAGCAACUGAUCUACAGUCUGCCAUAUUUUUGCUCGUAGAGGUUUAAGAUUAAGAUUUAAAAUGUCUACAGCUAUGUCAAGUCUGUGACAACUUUAAACAUGUAAAACGCUGGCUCGUUGUUUGUUUCAUGCGAUACCCAUAUGUGUUUAUAAUAUUGUUAAAAUAUGAAUAUUUAAUUAAAUAAGAAAAAAAUAUUUAUUUCAUUUCCACUGUUUGCAGAUUCAGGUAUUUUAUUGUAAAUGUAUCUUUAUGUGUAUUACACGGUAAUACAUUUGUAAGAAGUUUAUUUAUAGUGAUUUGUCAGCCAAAGAAAGAGAAUCGGGAACAGAGCAAUCCAUUGUCCUGCUUAUUCAACUUCUUAUAGAUUGUAGGUGUUUGUAAAAUGUUACCUAUUGACCCUGGACUGCGAUGCAAUUUCUAUGGUGUUUCUUUCCGUGAUUGUGAGUCUUUUUGACUGAAUGUUUUGAGAUGACUGACUGGCCUUCUGAUGAGAUUAAGAAUGAUGUCUAUAUAAUCCUCUGGCUGUCGCGCCAGUCUUUUAUUUGAGAGAAGCACAAGUAUGUGAGAAUGUACUCUCCUCUAGAGAAUGAGAAGGAAGGGUUGUUGUAUCUGUCUUAAUCCUAAUGCAUUUACUGUAAUAUAAUAUAUUAAUUGUAAUACAUAUUACCUGUAUUCUCAGUGUUAUGGGAGCUCAAUGGAAUAUCUUGUUAAAAGAGUUCCUGUUUGUGUCUUUGCACAAUGUUCACCUUUCUUUCUUCCAUUGUAAAUGGAUGUGUACUAUGGCAGUAUUAUAUAAGACUUACGUUAACAAAGUAUUUUAUGGUAUCUAGGGACCAUACGUGAAUGGCACAAUUGCAUAAAUCGUAUUUAAGGUUAUCUGUUGACUUUAUGUGGCCAGUCUGUUUUUUGUUUUGUUUUUUGAUUAAGCCAGCUGUUAGGCAAUGUUUCCCGGGAGGUUUUCAGUAGGCACUUCAACAGAAUCAUACCACCUCCAAAAAGAUAUUUAAUAAAGUCUAUUAAAGGGAAA